CGCUUGUUCACUGAUCGGUCCGCAUCGUAUCUCGCUCUGUGCUUACAUUUGAACCUUGGAUAAUACAAUACGGAUUAUAUCACAUCAAUUAACAACAUGACUCUACCAGAUAACGUCGAAUGUGCUCCUGAGCAAUCCACAAGAAGGCCAACUGACAUUGGAAUAGCCCUGAGAGAGGUUCUGGUCAAAUCCUUGGCCAGUAACCGUCUGACCAGUGGGGUGUUCUCCUGUGUGACGCUCCUAAAUACCCAGCCUGAGGACGUGUCUGUCUGUGUCCUGCCGGACGUCGGACCACAAAUGGAUGUCAGUAUCAACAUUCAGCAUAAACUUUUGGAGGCCUACUGUUGGGAGAACGACAUCCCUGUCCUCCGCGUGGAUAGUGGAGACAAACUCAGCGCCAUCCUCAAGUCCACUGCCACCAAUAACAACGCCUCCGAGCUGUCAGACACCAGCUGCGUUCUUGUACAGAACCCUGUUUCUUCUUCAAAAGAAGAUGUCCUUGUCAAUAAGUUUUAUAACGAUGUAAUGGCUAGCGAUAUCUACCCUCGACCUAUCAUCCAGCUACCAGUCUGACCAGUGAUCGGUCAGUUAUUUUGACAACUGCUCAGGAAGCCCAUCCUGAGAAAGAUCAAAACUCAACCCAUGGUCAUCCUGGCUAGACAAGUAUCAUCUGACCAACGGUCCCGCGUUCGGUCCAGAGAAAUCCCGUGCUUGACCCGAAAUCUUCACGGACAAUCUGGGGUCAGAUAACGUCAUUCCCACGUGUGACGCGGCCAACCGUGGCCAUAUCUGGACCUGCCCAGAAACACGUGGUGUUGUCUGACCCCGCACCGGACAAAAAGAGGACAAACUCUAAGUGUGCUGGAUCAUAUGAAAAGCUAAGGACACAUUAUCACAAUGCUGAUCUUGAGCCAAUAAUAGCUAACUCCUGACAAACGUUCAAGUAUUAACGGACUAAUUUCAUUGUCACAUGCGGACAGCUGUCGUGUUCCAAACAUGGAAAGGCGUUAUCGUUUGCCUUGGACUAUUGUCAUACAAAUUACAAACAAUAUUUGAAUAUGUUAAUUGGAAGAUGGACUUCCGUUAUAUUAACAUUGCUGUAUCUGUGCAUGGCAACAGCUUGUGCAAAAACUGUGGAAAAGCUGAGCAUGCGUCUCGCCACAUCACAAGACACCUACAGUGGGAGAGACACGUAGCGAAUCUGAACUUUUGACUAUAAAACCAAUGCAUGUUUUAUUUUAUUUGCUUACUGCAAUCAAUUCAUUUAUGAUUAAUAAAAAUCACUUGCAUUCAA